CGGGCCCCGCCCCGCCCCGCGCAGCGCAGCGCAGAGCCCGCCGGCCGCCCGCGGGGAGGGAGCCGCCGCCGCCGCCGCCGCCAUGGGCUGCACCGUGAGCGCCGAGGACAAGGCGGCCGCCGAGCGCUCCCGCAUGAUCGACAAAAACCUCCGCGAGGACGGCGAGAAGGCGGCGCGCGAGGUCAAGCUCCUGCUGCUCGGGACUGGUACGUGAACGGCAACUAUCUGGUGAUCCUGGUUUCCAUCAUCGUUAUCCUGCCCCUGGCCCUCAUGAAGCAGCUCGGCUACCUGGGCUAUGCCAGCGGCUUCUCCCUCAGCUGCAUGGUCUUCUUCCUCAUCUCGGUCAUCUACAAGAAGUUUCAGAUCCCCUGUCCUCUCCCCGCGCAAGACGUGAACAGCACAGGCAGCCACAACUACACUCUGGGCAGCACCAGCAACUACCAGAACGGCUACACCGUCCUCCAGGCCCCCGAUGAGGGCACUUGCUCCCCCAGGUUCUUCACCCUCAACUCCCAGAUGGCGUAUGCCACCCCCAUCAUGGCCUUGAUGUGCCACCCUGAGGUCCUGCCCAUCUACACCGAGCUGAAGAAGCAGCCUCAGCCCAGCUGUGUCACCUCUGGCGCUCUUCCCACCGCACUGCCCACGCCAGGCGGACAUCCAGCUGUUGGGUCUGGCACCAUGAGCUGUCGCGUGCACGUGGGUGUGAGGGAUGGGCACACUGUGAAUGACGGGCUCACUGUGAGUGCUGAGGAGAAGGCAGCUGCUGAGUGCUCCCAGAUGACUGACAAGAAGGAAGGCAAGAAGGUGGCACGUGAGGUCAAGCUGCUGCUCAGUGAUUACCAGCCUCACUGUGCCAUUCCCAACCCCAUUGGACACCUUCACCCAGCCUGGCCCCAGCCCCAUUCCUGCGUGUCCCCCACCAGCAGUGGGGGACCACCGUGCCUGGGGAAUCCUGCCAGUGGUGCAGGGUCCUGCUGUAGUGCCCUGGGGCUGGGCAAGGCGAGAGCAGCGUGGCCGCCAUGCUGAGCUGUGGCUGGUGGGAUCUCUCCCCACGGUGGUGGGCAUCGCGACCAGGCUUGGUGCUGGCGGGGGGAUGCCCAAGGGCAGGCCCAGGGUCAGCCCCACUGCUCGGUGGCACGUCCUGGGGUCCUCAGGGGUGCCAGCUUGGGGUACCUGCAGAGUCACAGUGUAGUUGGGCCUGGAGGCACCUCUGGAGGCUGUCUGGUCCAACUCCCCUGCUCCAGCUGGGGCAGGCUGCCCAGGCCCAUGUCCUGUCAUGUUUUGAAACUCUCCAAGAUGGAGACUCCACAACUUCUCUGAGUAACCUGCUCCAGUGUUCCACCACCCUCACAGUGAAGGGAUUUCUUUUAGUUAAGAAAACAAUGAAGUUUUUGUAUGUUCA